AUGUCGGCUCUUGAGGGACUCCCGUCGUUUUCAAAGGACGCCUUCACAAAUACAAGCCCGGAAUGUGUAUACAAAGAAGUUCACCGUAUCAGAAGCCGAAAGGACCCUAAACCGGAGGUCGCAACUGUCAGGGACUACCAAGCUACACUAAUCAGGCACCGCCCAUUGCCGGAGGUGAAGAGCAUCCUACUCAUCGAUGGAGUUGACCCGAAGUGCAAACAUGUUUUCAAAUUCAAAUCAACCGACUUUGCACUCCCGUUUCUCUACAGUGACUCUACAGCCCAUUCUCUAACGUCUCAAACGCGGUCUCAGAAACCUCCACGUACAGAAGCCGGACCCUCAACUGAACGCAAACGUCCUAUUGAGCCACGGGUAAACGUGGAUGUUGCAGUAGCGCCAGAGAGGAAGAGACCCAGGCGGGAAUCAGAAAGGCGUGCUGAAGCUGCAGAAAGCCAGCGGGAACGAUAG